AUGGACGGCGCCAGCGAUCCCGAGCGGGACAACGCCCUUCAAGAUUAUAAAAAGAGCUUGCUCGAGCUGCGAGAAUGGGAGGCCAAGCUGAAGGAACUUCGCAUGGGCAUCAAGGAACUGCAAAGAGAAUUUGAUGUCUCCGAGGACAACAUCAAGGCCCUACAAAGUGUUGGUCAGAUCAUCGGCGAAGUGUUGAAGCAGCUGGACGAAGAGCGAUUUAUCGUCAAGGCAUCAUCGGGACCACGCUAUGUGGUUGGUUGUCGUUCGAAGGUCGAUAAGGCCAAGAUGAAGCAGGGCACACGUGUGGCUUUGGAUAUGACAACACUCACCAUCAUGCGGAUGCUUCCUCGCGAGGUCGAUCCCAUGGUUUACAACAUGUCUUUGGAGGACCCUGGACAAGUCAACUUUGCCGGAAUUGGUGGUCUGAAUGAUCAGAUCCGAGAGUUGCGCGAGGUCAUUGAGUUGCCGUUGAAGAACCCCGAGCUUUUCCAGCGAGUGGGUAUCAAGCCGCCUAAGGGUGUCUUGCUUUAUGGCCCUCCUGGUACAGGUAAGACACUGCUUGCCCGAGCAGUGGCUAGUUCCAUGGAAACCAACUUCUUGAAAGUGGUAUCCUCCGCCAUCGUGGAUAAAUACAUCGGUGAAUCUGCUAGAUUGAUCCGAGAGAUGUUUGGUUACGCCAAGGAGCACGAGCCCUGCAUCAUCUUCAUGGACGAGAUUGAUGCCAUCGGAGGUCGACGAUUCUCAGAGGGUACAUCGGCAGAUCGAGAAAUUCAACGAACACUGAUGGAAUUGCUGAACCAGUUGGACGGUUUCGAUUAUUUGGGCAAGACAAAGAUCAUCAUGGCCACCAACCGGCCGGACACACUCGAUCCAGCUUUGCUGCGUGCCGGUCGUCUUGACCGAAAGCUUGAGAUUCCUCUUCCCAACGAGGUUGGCCGCCUAGAGAUUUUGAAGAUUCACUCCAGCACCGUACAAUUGGAAGGAGAUAUCGACUUUGAGAGUGUGGUCAAGAUGAGUGACGGCCUCAACGGCGCUGAUCUCCGUAAUGUAGUAACUGAAGCUGGUUUGUUGACCAUCAAGGAUUACCGUGAUGCGCUCAGCCAGGACGAUUUCAACAAAGCAGUACGGAAAGUGGCAGAGGCCAAGAAGCUCGAGGGCAAAUUAGAGUAUAACAAGCUCUAA